GCAACCGAAGAAGAAACUCCUCAUGAAAUGAAUGAGAUAAAUGUGUUAGCUGAUAAAUAGUUUACUUUUUAUUCAAACACGUUUGUUUGUAGAUCACUGAAGGCUACUGUCCAGAGUGAUAAUGUCUGGGAUACCUCUGGACACAUGGCAGCCGCCAACAGUGGCUCUGGACACGACAAUGGGGACGAUUGUGGUGGAGCUGUACUGGAGACAUGCACCAAAGACCUGCAAGAACUUUGCAGAGCUGGCCAGAAGAGGCUACUACAACAACACAAAGUUUCACCGAGUAAUCAAAGAGUUCAUGGUGCAGGGAGGAGACCCCACAGGAACAGGUCGCGGUGGCGCCUCCAUAUUCGGUAAACAGUUUGAAGAUGAGCUGAACCCAGAACUGAAAUUCACAGGUGCUGGUAUUCUGGCGAUGGCCAACGCAGGACCGGACACAAACGGCAGCCAGUUCUUCCUCACUCUCGGACCCACCCAGUGGUUAGAUGGAAAGCACAGUAUUUUUGGGAGAGUAUAUCAGGGGAUAGGAGUGCUGAACCGCAUUGGGAUGGUAGAGACGAACCCUCAAGAUCGGCCAGUCGACGAUAUCAAAAUCAUCAGAACUAAUGUAGCCAGUUAAACAAAUACUGAUUUUUUUACACUGAUUUUUUUUCUAAAUAAAUGUUUGUUAAAUGUUUCA